ACAGAAGAGAAGAAGAGCGGAAUUCCUUCUGUUUACUGUGGUGAUGCUCCCAGUGCUGUACUCUUCACCUGCCGCACUCUUGUACCUGUUGCAUAAUUCACCUUUCUCCAGUUGUACUCUGUCUUCACCCUGAAGUCACUGUAACUAAAUUCCCUAAAAUGUUUGCUGUCAGAAGAGCGCUGCGUGUUUGUCAGGGAGUCGUGAAGGUCAGUGCUGGUGUUUCCCGUCGCGGAUGCGCUGGAGCGGUUCCAGUGGACGACAUUGUGAACGGACUGACUGAGGAACAGAUCCAGCUCAGACAGACAGUCCAGAGAUUCUUCCAGGAGAAACUCGCUCCCUACGCCGAUGAGAUUGACAAGAAAAACGAGUUUCCUCAGAUGAGGGAGUUUUGGAAGGAGAUGGGUGACCUUGGACUGCUUGGAGUUACUGCACCAGUGGAGUUCGGGGGAACAGGACUGGGCUACCUUGAUCAUGUGAUUAUUAUGGAGGAGAUCUCCCGUGUAUCUGCCGCUAUUGGACUCAGCUAUGGAGCGCAUUCCAACUUAUGUGUAAAUCAGAUGGUUCGACAUGGAAACCAGAAGCAGAAAGAGAAGUACAUGCCUAAGUUGUUGACUGGUGAACAUGUGGGUGCUCUGGCCAUGAGUGAGUCUAAUUCUGGCUCUGAUGUAGUGUCUAUGAAACUGACAGCAAAAAAACAAGGGGAUCACUAUGUGUUAAACGGUAACAAAUUCUGGAUUACGAAUGGAUCAGAUGCAGAUGUUCUGAUCGUGUAUGCUAAGACAGACCCAGAAGCAGUAGCUCGUGGCAUCACUGCUUUCAUUGUUGAGAAGGGUAUGCCAGGAUUCAGCUCAGCGCAGAAGCUGGAUAAACUGGGAAUGAGAGGAUCCAGCACUUGUGAACUCGUCUUUGAAGACUGCAAGAUUCCUGAGGAAAAUGUAUUGGGCCCUUUAAAUAAAGGAGUCUAUGUUUUGAUGAGUGGUUUGGACCUGGAAAGACUCGUCCUGGCUUCUGGACCUGUUGGCAUCAUGCAAGCUGUGCUUGAUCAUGCAAUUCCUUAUCUACAUGUUCGCGAAGCUUUUGGACAGAAAAUUGGCCACUUUCAGCUGAUGCAAGGAAAAAUGGCUGACAUGUACACACGCCUUAGUUCCUGUCGACAGUAUUUAUACAACGUUGCUCGUGCUUGUGACAAAGGCCAUUUCAGUGCUAAGGACUGUGCUGGGGUAAUCCUUUAUUGUGCUGAGAAUGCAACUCAAGUUGCCUUGGAUGGGAUUCAAUGCCUGGGUGGAAAUGGUUACAUCAAUGACUACCCAAUGGGCCGGUUCUUAAGAGACGCUAAACUUUAUGAGAUUGGUGCAGGAACCAGUGAGAUCAGAAGGAUUAUCAUUGGCAGAUCUUUCAACGCCAUGUUUAAAUAAAGAGUCAGGAUUGAGGAUCUGAUCCUGCGCAGACUGUGUGCAGUAGCCAGAAAUUUCAUUUUAUUAGGCUAAACACUCAUCUGGCAUGCUGAUUUUAACACCAAUCAGAUUCAAGAUACAAAACAUGUCUAAAAUGUGGAUGUCAAAUUGUACAAGCAAUAGGUAGUAUUACAUUCAAGAGCAAAUGCAGUGGUAAGAGAUAAACUAUUUAGAUCAAGAUGUUUUUAAAGGACUGACUAUGAACUGAAUUGAUCUCUAACAACUAGCUGCAGUUAAUUCCCAGUGGAAAAAGCAGUGGUGAUGUAAACAGCUGAGACCAUUCAUUUGUCCUGAAAGCCUUUGUCAUGUGACUGGGGGGUGUUUCUGUAGCACAUGGUACAUGUAAUUACCUUGUUUGUUUUCCUUUUUUUAAAAACACGGUCACCCUUUGUGGGCUGUUUUGCAUAUCACUUCUGACCCCAUAACAUGAUUUUGUUUUGUUUUUUUCAUGUGUACAGACAGAUCAUUUCUUUAAAGAGUUUGUAAUUCAAACAUUCAUUUGUUUUUCAUUUUUAAGAAGUUGCACUUUUUUGAAGCAAGCUGUUAUGUUGGUCUGUGAAACCUUUGGGUUUUCUGAGCCUUAUUAAAUCAUCGCUCCAUGCAUUUGAUUGUAAUACGAUUGUUUAAAAUAAAUGUAAUCUCCCUUCAA